AUGGUGAAAAGAGGAGGCACUAAACGAAAGAUCAAGAUGGAAAAGAUCAAGAAGAGAGAGUAUCUCGCGACUACUUUCACCAAACGUUGUUUCGGACUUCACAGCAAAGCCGCGCAGCUCUGUCUACUCUCCGGCGCACAGAUAGCUAUCUUGGCAACUCCUCCUACUUCGCAAUCCAACGUUUCUUUCUUUUCCUUUGGUCACUCUUCCGUGGAUGCUGUAGUGUCUGCUUAUCUCACGGGACAACGUCUUGCUCCUGUUCGGGAAGAGACGAGGGAGGAGGAUAUUGGUAUUUUGAUGGCUCGUAAGGAGCUAGGGUUAGAGUUGUGGUGGGAGAAAGAGAGUCUUUCCAAGUCCAAGAAUCCUCAAGAAUUGAUGGACGCGAUGAAGUCCAUGGAGAGGAUUUUGAGUAAACUGCGUUCUGGAGACUUUGUUAGUAAUUAUAAUCAAAGAGAGGGAGACCUAAGGAAGAGUGGUGUCGUUUUACACAAGGAAACUCAAGAACCGGAUGAAACCCUAGAUGUUCAAGCAAGUUGUUGCAUCCCUGAAUUUGCUGUAGGUUUUGACAAGAGCAGAGAAGAGCAAGAUCAGAUCCUGGCGAUUUGUGAUAGUUUUUGUGCAACGGAGGAAGACAACAACAACAUGAGCGUUUUAGGUGGAAGUUUGGAUAGGUCUGAUCAAGUACUCAUGAGUAUUGAUGAACUUAUAGAUUUCGAGACGAGUUAUGAAAGUUCAUCAUCAGCAUUAGAUUAUGGUGUUUUGGAUAGUACUCAAGACUACGGGGAGUCUUUUGAUCAACUUUGA